AUGACGAACAACGACAGUCGUUCUUCCAAAAACCCCACCACUUUAUACCGCGCUUCGCAUAAGAAGUCUCGGACAGGCUGUCAGGAGUGCAAGCGGCGUCAUGUCAAAUGCGAUGAAAGGCGUCCAAUAUGCGCCAAAUGUCGAGCAUUCAACCGAGUUUGUCAAUAUUCCCAUCCGUCGCCAAAAGGUACCAAGAAAAGUGCUUCUGCCACCAGAAGCUAUAUGAGCGAUUGGCUGAAUGGAGGCCAAUACCCGGAGUCAGGCUCGGGGCCCUCAUCACCCCCCUUGAACGUUACAAGCGUCAUCAACAACUUUAUUCUUCGCAAGGGGGGAGCAAAACUACCUAGUCCUGAGACCAGUCAGCCAUUUACUAUAGACCAUAUAUACCUUCUCAAUCACCUCUUGACUGGCAAUCCGGUCUUCACCGUUGUCGAUGAUUUUACGAAACCUUUCCUCAAAGCAAGUCUCGAUGUUGCAUUCGUCACACCGUACGUCAUGGAUGCUUUGCUGGCCCUAGCAGCGCUGCACUUGGCUGAAGUCUUCCCCUCCAAAGCCGACCAUUACAGCUCCUUGGCAACAAAUCUCCAGACAAGGGCUCUCGAGAUCUUUAAUAAAACCAAACCGGACCUGUCUGAUACCACUUGCGUUCCGCUUUUCCACUUCACGGCGGUCAUCGGCAUCCUAGCGUUACACAAAACUCUGCGGAACCAUCGAGAAGAGGGGUGUUUCCAGGAUUUUCUCGCCAGUUUUGCCGACUACCUUGAUAUACAUCGGGUCGUACGUGGUAUCACAGCCAGUAUGUGGCAAAAUGUCCGAGAAAACUUUCCACAUCGUUCGAUGAGCGCUAUAGAUAGUGGACGAUGUUCAGAUGGAAACCCGGAAGCAAUAGCACUUCAUGAGAUGCUGGAUCAGAGCAACCUAGAACCAAGUCCACUGGCUGCAUGUCGGGAGGCAGUCGAAGUGUUAGGUUUUUCAUUCGACACGUACCGCAGCCUCGCCAAACAAAGUGCCCAUCGGUCUCCUUCCGUGAUGGCAUUUGGCACACGCAUUAACAUUGAGUUCAUUCAUUUGCUGCGCCAAUAUCAGCCAGAAGCAUUGAUUAUCAUUUCAUAUUAUAGUGUUCUGCUGCAGUGGAGUCGCGACUUUUGGGUCAUCGGUGAUGCAGGUCAGUUUAUGCUGGAUUCCAUUUCAAACAUGCUGGAUGAGAAAUGGCGCAAGCUCUUGGUUCGCCCUCGAGAUAUGAUGUUAAAUGCCAAGUGCUAUGAAGCACUCUCGCAAUAA